GUCAUAAUAACUGUUUGUAUAUUAGUCUGAGCGCACUUCUCCAGCUAGCUUAGCUUGCUAGUUAGCUUAGCUUGUUAGCUGCUAACAAAGAGAGAUGAAAACACAUCGCUAAGCAGAGAUCAAGUGUGAGUGUAAAGUGUUGUGAUUGUGUGAAAAUGUGCGAAAGAACCAUAGCAGAGUACGAGGAGGAACUUUGUCCAACAAAAGAGGAGAAGGAGCGACAACAUGAAAAACAUCAAGUUGUGUUACACACAACAGACAUCCAUCAGCUGAUUGGACACCAAGAAGAAUGUCUCCCUCAUCUGCAGGGGGACAGUUUCACUUCAGAGGAUCCACAGCCCUCACAUUUGAAAGGGGACGAGAAGGAUCCGAAGCCCCCCUAUUUUAAAGAGGAAGAGGAGGGAGAGUGUCCUGUAGGGCAGGAGGAGGAUGAUGUCAGCAAGUUUCCACUGACUGUUGUCUCUGUGAAGACUGAAGAGCAUGAAGACAAAGCACCUGAGUCCUCACAGCUUCAUCACAGUCCAAACGUUCAACAUUCCCUUCACAUCAAAGAGGAAGAGGAUAAUCCACAGCCCACCCACAUGAAAGAGGAAGAAGAGGAUCCACACAUGAAAGAGGAAGAGGAGGGAGAGUGUGUUGAAAGGCAGGAGGAGGAUGAUGUCAGCAAGUUUCCACUGACUGUUGUCUCUGUGAAGACUGAAGAGCAUGAAGACAAAGCACCUGAGUCCUCACAGCUUCAUCACAGUCCAAACGUCCAGCGGGUGUCAGCGGGGAGUCAUGAAGAGGAGUGGCACACCAGUGUGGGACAGAAGGAGCUACAGGCCCCCUCCCACAUUAAAGAGGAGCAGCUUCAUGAUGAAGAUGAAGCUCGGUCCUUACAGCUUCAUCACAGUCAAAGUGAGGAGAACAGAGGGGCGGAGCUUGUAAGUCAACACAUCACAGAAGCUGAUGGAGAGCAUUGUGAAGAUAUCAAGUCAGAACCAGACAGCAUCUUUGCUCCACUGUCAGACAUGGACCACAUGAUGUCACACUCUUCUGAUCACAGUGACCACAUCCAAAGACCUUUGGAGAGUAAAAAUGACUCUAAAGGUGAUACGAGACAUCACACUAACAACAAACACUUUGACUGCUCUGAAUGUGGGAAAUCAUUUAGACUGAAGACUAAUUGUACAGUACACAUGAGAACACAUACUGGAGAGAAACCUUUUACUUGCUCUGUUUGUAAGAAGAGUUUCUCCACAAAGCAAAGCAUGACCACACACAUGAGAACACACACUGGAGAGAAACCUUUUCCUUGCUCAGCUUGUGUUAAAAGAUUCAACAAAAAGAAUGACAUGAUAUUACACAUGAGAACACACACAGGUGAGAAACCUUUUACUUGCUCUGUUUGUAAGAAGAGUUUCUCCAGAAAGGAAUGCAUGACCACACACAUGAGAACACACACUGGAGAGAAACCUUUUACUUGCGCUGUUUGUAAGAAGAGUUUCUCCAGAAAAGAUUUCAUGACCACACACAUGAGAACACACACUAGAGAGAAACCUUUUACUUGCUCUGUUUGUAAGAAGAGUUUCUCCAGAAAGGAAUGCAUGACCACACACAUGAGAACACACACUGGAGAGAAACCUUUUACUUGCGCUGUUUGUAAGAAGAGUUUCUCCAGAAAAGAUUUCAUGACCACACACAUGAGAACACACACUAGAGAGAAACCUUUUACUUGCUCUGUUUGUAAGAAGACUUUCUCCAGAAAGGGUGACAUGACCAUACACAUGAGAACACACACUGGAGAGAAACCUUUUGCUUGCUCAGCUUUUGCUAAAAGAUUCAACACUAAGAAGAAAAUUAUAUUACACAUGAGAACACACACUGGAUGGAGUUUACGAGGCUGCGGAGAUAAACUUUUCAGCCUCUGCUGGAUUGUCAAAAAAGUGUUGUUGGGAGCCUUUGGAGAGUUUGAUAGUUGCUGGAUAAAUGAGAAAGGCUUCAAAGCCAGCUUUCCGAGCGCUGUACAUAGUGGAGUAGCAGGGUCGUCUCAGCUUGGCCGUCGCGUCACUGUAGUCCGGGGCAAAGCGAACGGAGUUACCGGAGAGCUGAAGAGGAACUUUCCGAGCCUCCUUCAGGAUGCGGUCCCUAUCCGUGUACCUCAGACACUUCACAAUAAUCGCCCUGGGACGGGGAGAUUGUCGCGGGGGGCCGAUGCGAUGAGCCCGCAUGAGCUCCGGAGGAUUUGCAGCCAAGGCGGGGAACCACUUGGGGAUGUUGGCGGACAGAGAUCAAGUGUGAGUGUAAAGUGUUGUGAUUGUGUGAAAAUGUGCGAAAGAACCAUAGCAGAGUACGAGGAGGAACUUUGUCCAACAAAAGAGGAGAAGGAGCGACAACAUGAAAAACAUCAAGUUGUGUUACACACAACAGACAUCCAUCAGCUGAUUGUACACCGAGAAGAAUGUCUCCCUCAUCUACAGGGGGACAGUUUCACUUUAGAGGAUCCACAGCCCUCACAUUUUAAAGGGGACAAGGAAGAUCCACAGCCCCCUUAUUUUAAAGAGGAAGAGGAGGGAGAGUGUGUUGUAGGGCAGGAGGAGGAUGAUGUCAGCAAGUUUCCACUGAUUGUUGUCUCUGUGAAGACUGAAGAGCAUGAAGACAAAGCACCUGAGUCCUCACAGCUUCAUCACAGUCCAAACGUCCAGCGGGUGUCAGCGGGGAGUCAUGAAGAGGAGUGGCACACCAGUGUGGGACAGAAGGAGCUACAGGCCCCCUCCCACAUUAAAGAGGAGCAGCUUCAUGAUGAAGAUGAAGCUCAGUCCUUCCAGCUUCAUCACAGUCAAAGUGAGGAGAACAGAGGGGCGGAGCUUGUAAGUCAACACAUCACAGAAGCUGAUGGAGAGCAUUGUGAAGAUAUCAAGUCAGAACCAGACAGCAUCUUUGCUCCACUGUCAGACAUGGACCACAUGAUGUCACACUCUUCUGAUCACAGUGACCACAUCCAAAAACCUUUGGAGAGUAAAAAUGACUCUAAAGGUGAUACGAGACAUCACACUAACAACAAACACUUUGACUGCUCUGAAUGUGGGAAAUCAUUUAGACUGAAGAGUGAUUGUACAAGACACAUGAGAACACACACUGGAGAGAAACCUUUUACUUGCUCUGUUUGUAAGAAGAGUUUCUCCAGAAAGGGUGUCAUGACCAGACACAUGAGGAGGACACACACUGGAGAGAAACCUUUUACCUGCUCAGCUUGUGCUAAAAGAUUCAACACUAAGUAUGCAAUGACCACACACAUGAGAACACACACAGGUGAGAAACCUUUUACUUGCUUUGUUUGUAAGAAGAGUUUCUCCAAAAAGGAACACAUGACCACACAUAUGAGAACACACACUGGAGAGAAACCUUUUGCUUGCUCAGCUUGUGCUAAAAGAUUCAUCACGAAGAAGGAAAUUAUAUUGCACAUGAGAACACACACACGUGAGAAACCUUUUACUUGCUCUGUUUGUAAGAAGAGUUUCUCCAGAAAGGGUGACAUGACCACACACAUGAGAACACACACUGGAGAGAAACCUUUUGCUUGCUCAGCUUGUGCUAAAAGAUUUAACACUAACAAUGACAAGAUAGUACACAUGAGAACACACACAGGUGAGAAACCGUUUACUUGCCCUGUUUGUAAGAAGAGUUUCUCCAGAAAGGAAUGCAUGACCACACACAUGAAAACACACACUGGAGAGAAACGUUUUGCUUGCUCAGCUUGUGCUAAACGAUUCAACACCAAGUAUGACAUGAUAUUACACAUGAGAACACACACAGGUGAGAAACCUUUUACUUGCUCUGUUUGUAAGAAGAGUUUCUCCAGAAAGCAAAACAUGACCACACACAUGAGAACACACACUGGAAAGAAACCGUUUAGUUGCACUGUGUGUGAUAAAAGGUUCAGGUAUAAGUAUCAGGCCAGUAAACACAAGUGUGUAACAGUCAUGGAAGCUGCAGGGAUUUAAAAACACUUAAACAGCUGUAACAAACGCACCCAUGUUCUCCUGGUGUCUCUGCCACUACGCAAUUUAAGGAGUCACGGGUGGGACCUGAUAUUCAGCUGGAAAUAAUUAAUACAGUAAAUAAACACAAGACAUGUAUAACUAUUAGCCACAACACAACCAGGCUUAUAUUUAAUAUGCCACAAAUUAAUCCCGCAUAACAAACACCUCCCCCCUCCCGUCCAUAUAACCCGCCAAUAC